AAGAGAACAGGGUGUUUACUUACCGUGUCUUCUGUAAGCCAUGAUUCCUUAUGUGACGUCCGAUAAUGGCGACCCAGAUACUCUGGUGGUCCCGCGGUACGGCAGUGGUCCUAGUGGAUAUGGACAGGAGAUCUCUCUACCCAAUCUGAAUGUGCCACGUACAAGUUCCGAGUUAAAUAAUGCUGAAACGAGAUCGGAAAAGAUGACAAAGUUUGAGGAAAUAGAGCCACCGAGGAAAGCAGCUGUACAGAGUACCGACGGAGGAGAAGCAGAAAUUCAGGACCAAAUGGGGGAUAACAUGAGCAUGUUUCAUUACAGUAGUACGUUUUCUUCGGAUGAUACGUCGCACUUUGUCCGUACGAUUUUGGUCCCUUCGUCUUCGUCUUCGUCUUCGUCUUCGUCUUUUGUUAAUGGCAACGGAGGCCCACAGACACGAGGGUAUAACUCUUACUCUAACUGGUCGUCACCGUCACCUGCUGAUUUGAAGCAGGGGAUCGCGGGGGUUGAUGGGUGUGAGCGGAGGAGCUCGGGGUCGGGUGGUGGGUUGUUGGGGAAUGUUGCGUCUUGUUCAGUUGGGAGCAGUGAUAUUAAUGGUACUGAUGAGUACGAUUGUGAAAUCGAGGAGCAUCUUGAAGCAAUGAUAGAUGAGGCACCAGCAAUGCCUGCUCUACUUCGUAAUUCAUCAAAAAGAAGCAGAGCUGCAGAGAUCCAUAAUUUGUCUGAAAAGAGGAGGAGAAGCAGCAUCAACGAAAAAAUGAAAGCCUUGCAAAAUCUAAUUCCAAAUUCUAACAAGACGGAUAAAGCCUCACUGCUUGAUGAAGCUAUUGAGUAUCUCCAGCAGCUUCAGCUUCAAGUAGAGAUUUUAACAAUGAGAAAUGGAUUAAGUCUGCACCCCAUGGGCUUACCUGCCAUGUUACCACCAAUCCAACUUUCUCAGACUAGAACAAGUUUUGGUGAGGAAAAUGGGUCUCUGCAUAUGAAUUCAUCAGGAACUCUCCCCUUGAACCAAGAAACCUCAGAACAAACUAUUUUCAGUCUACCCAACCAAUGGACUACCUCAAACCAUCUACCAACACAUAAUAUGUCAAGUACAAUUAAUUCAGAAACUUCAUUUGAGGCUCAGUUUGGGCCCUUCCAGCGCCUCACAUCAUCUCAGGAUAUCUGCAGAGAAGAUGUCUUGAGGCAUUAUCAACUGAAAUUAAAGUGUUCAAAGACAAAUCCCUCAGUUUCAGUCCCCUUUGAUGCACACGUUUCUGAUUUAAUUAGAAGAGAUCAUGACCUUAUACUCUCUCACUUGAUGAGCGGAAUGGAAAUAGGAAGUUCUCCUGAUGAUGACAUCGAGAUGGAAAGAACAGAUUUCUGAAUUUGUUGGAUUGAUGCUAAGGAUCGAUAAUGACAACCAUAAGAGCCACAAGAAGACAGCAAACAUAAAGACAAACUUCGGAGGCAACCUAGGCAAGUUAUAUUGUAUUUUUUUGGGAAUGUACUCUUAAUUAAUUUGUAUCUUUCUAUGUUGCUAUGUUGAGUAAUGAUGCUUCUUUUAAACUCAUAAAACCAGAAUAUACUACAUUAAGUUAC